AUGACCGACUGGCCUCCGCCCUCCCUCCGCCCGCCGGCCCUCACCGUCCUCGCCGCUGUCCUCCCGCCUCCCGCCGCGAGCCCCACCGACCCGGCCCCCGCUCUCGCCCCUGCCUCGGCCACACCUGUCGGCACCGACGAGGGCUUCCUCUCCACCCUCUGGCGGGUGACGCCCUCGUCGCCGCUUCCAUCGCCGUCGCUCAUCGUCAAGCACUUCUCCCUCGCCGCAUCGCCUCCCCUCGCCAUGCACGCCCGCGAAAUGGCCUGGUACUCGGCCGCAUCUCCCCCGCCGCACCCGCUGCCCGACGCCGACUCGGACACCGACGUCGUCAUCGCCCCAUCCCCAUCUGCUCCCUCUCUGCCGCGCCGUCCCUGGCCUGCCCGCCUUGGUGGCACUCUGCAUCGUCCCUCGGGUACAGGCAUCCUGGUCCUCGAGGAUCGCGCCCCGGCCCGCCCGCCCUCGCUCGCCGACGGGCUCCCACCAGACGCUCUCGGUUCCAUUGCCGCUGCUCUUGCCAUCGUCCACCUCGAUGUCCCGCUGCCAGGGCCCGGCGGGCCCAUUGGCCCGCUUGCAGACUCGGCGGCCUUCCUUGGUGCCCAGAUCGAGCCGGGUCUCGACUGGCUUGCCGCUCGCCUCGCACCCGAGCCCGUUGCCGCUCUUCGCGCUUGGGCCCUUGGCAAUGCAGACGACAUGCCUGCCGCUGCGUCUGCCGCCGUUGCUGCCGUUUCAGCCGCCGCUUCAACCGCCGGCCUCCCGGACGUCGUCUGCCAUGGCGAUCUGUGGUGUGGCAACAUCCUCUUGGAUCCCGUGGAGCCACACGCACUGAGCGUCGCUCAUGUCACCUUUGUCGACUUUCAGUUUGCCGUCGUCGCUCCAGCCGUCUAUGACCUCGCCAUGAUUGCCGCCACCUCGCUCGGUGCCGCUGCAUGGGAAGAUCCCGUCACUCGCGCCAGCGCCCACGCCAUCCUCCUCGACGCCUACGUCACCGCCUACAACGCCAACCGCCCGCCGGCUUCGCCGCCGCACCCGCCGCUCGCAGCAGACUCGCCGCUCUGGGCAGCCUCUAUCCGCCUCGCACACCUCGUCCAUAUUGCCUCGGCCGAAAUUUACACGUCUUUUGUCGAGUCGGGCCUCGUCGACCGCGUCUGGCCCGCCAUCGCCGCCAACCUUGCCGCCGAGCCUGAUGACAUCGGGGCACCUGUCGGGCACGCUCAACUGUCGGGCACGCUCGUCGCUUCCGCCUCAAAAACCCUCGUUGCUCUUCCCCCCCCAUUUGCCAUGUUUUGUCGCCACGGCCUCCACCGUCUGCUCCCGCGCCCGGCGCCCGCCGACUCGCUCACCGCGCUUCGCGAUUGCUUCUGCGAUGUCGAGCUCCCGGCCAUCGCCUCGGCACUCAACCCCGGACAACCACUUUCCCAUAUCACCGCCCAUCUCCCGCAAGGCAUGGACGAUGUGAGUCUUGGUGUCAAGGAUCGCACCCUCACCAUCACCGGCCGGGACGAGGCGACCACCACCUCGGGCUCUCCCACCCUCAAGACCUCCACCGAGUUUACCCGCUUCUUCCCGCUCCCCAAAGGUGUCGAGUUUGCUUCACUCAAGGCCUCUACCCGCGGCGAUCUCUUUCGCAUCACCAUCCCCAAGCCGCUCCCUUCCGGAUCCUCUGCUCCAUCGAGCGACAACGUCGAGAAGCUGGUCACCAUCACGCUCGAGUAG